AUGAUGCACAAAUAUGGCAACUUUUCUAAUUUAGGCGCACAGUUCCACGAGGGUGAGCCUGUCUAUCCUGAGGAGAACUCUGUAGAUGAAUGGAACGCUGUGUUCCCUGAUGUUCCUCUCUUUUCUAGACAAGGGGACAAGCAACCUACCUAUGUGUUUGUAUGGAAAACCUGGGGUAAAUACUGGCAGGUGUGCGAUGGCCCUCCUUCAUCACUGACCAUUGGCACUGAUGAUGUUCCUCUUGCCUCUUACAUGAUGGAUACCAUCACCCUUCAUGACCCCAGCCAAUACCUGAGCAAAUCAGAUGUGACUUUUAACUGGAACUUCGGGGAUGGCAGUGGCACUGUAAUCUCCAGGGAACUCACCGUCACACACACUUACACUGCAGCUGGAGCUUUCAAGGCCCAAGUUGUCGUACAAGCAACUAUUCCGGAUUUAUCUUGUGCCACUCCAACAAACCUUCCCAAUGAGGCCCGUCCCACCACCAACACCCUCACCACUGAGAGCCCCAUCCACCCUACUGAACACAUCACUACCAUCACCCUUCAUGACCCCAGCCAAUACCUGAGCAAAUCAGAUGUGACUUUUAACUGGAACUUCGGGGAUGGCAGUGGCACUGUAAUCUCCAGGGAACUCACCGUCACACACACUUACACUGCAGCUGGAGCUUUCAAGGCCCAAGUUGUCGUACAAGCAACUAUUCCGGAUUUAUCUUGUGCCACUCCAACAAACCUUCCCAAUGAGGCCCGUCCCACCACCAACACCCUCACCACUGAGAGCCCCAUCCACCCUACUGAACACAUCACUGCAGAUCAUGCUACCAGUCAGUCUUCAGCUCCCAUUCAGAAAUCCACACCUGCAUCUACAAUGAAAACUAUUCCACCCGCACCUACAAAUGGAUUUCAAACAGGAUCCAGUCUUGAGAAGGUCUUUGAUUUUAGAUCUGCAUCUGAGAUGUCUGAAGCUUUGUAUACGGCCACAAAGACAACACUGGAGGCAACUGAGGGCAUUGAGAGUGUGCAGAUCGUCCAGGUGACUGUAGCUGAUGAUUUUCUGCUAACACAGAUGGAGCAGAAUGCUGUUGAUUUCCCUGUUUCCUGCCAAGGAAGCCUCCCCACUGAAGUGUGCACUGUAGUAUCGGAUGCAGACUGGCAUGUGCCAGUUACGACCAUCUGCAUUGCUGUGAGCCCCUCCUCAGACUGUCAACUCAUCCUUCGACACUUCUUCAAUGACUCUGGGAUCUUCUGUAUCAAUGUGUCCAUGAUGAAUGAUGUCAGUCUGGCUGUCACAAAUGCCAGGGUUAAUAUUAAC